AACCCCAAAUUUCAAAAUCAAAAUUCCAAAACAAAAAUGAAAAACACUUCACUUUACUCUCAAUUUCUCUGAUCUCCACCUGAACCCACCAUCGUUUCGUCGAAGCUCAUCAUCAUAGCAAUAAAACCAAAACCCCCAUUAACCAUUCAGCUUCCCUCUUCCAAUUUUCGCUAUAAUUCUCUCUCUUUAGCUCCAACCCAAAUGGCAAACUCCGAUUCUUCCACUCCUCCUCUCCCCGUCUCUGCCCCACUUGCUCCUAAGAAGGAGAACAUUACUCCAAUCGGUUCAAAGAUUGCGGAAUUGAAUGAAUCAAGGGCAGAGCUGCUUAAUAGAAUCCAAGGGUUAAAACAGGAUUUGCAAAACUGGAGAUCAAAAUUAGACACCCAAGUCAAAAUCUACCGCGAUGAGCUGACAGAGCUAAAGAAGACUCUUAACGUUGAAGUGGAGCAGCUCCGUUCAGAAUUUCAAGAACUGAGGAAUACCCUCCAUCAACAACAAGAAGAUGUCACUACUAGCUUAAGAAAUUUGGGGCUGCAAGACGUAUCAGAAGAUGCUAAAGAUGCUAAAGAUGCCCACAAUAACAAGGGUGAAGAGAAGGAUGGGGAAGUAAAUACCUCACCAGUGGAGAACAAUGGCAAGGAAGCAGAGAACUAGUUGAUCACCAUAGAGUGGCUCUCAUGCCAUGCUUCCAGAGGAGAUGAGCAUCUUGUCAACUAGUUCACCUUUUGCUUCACAAGGGGUUAAGUUUGGAAUAAUUGUACUUUUCUUGCCUAGCAAAUCUGUAAGAACUUAUAUAAAUGAAUCUGUGGAACGAACAUCUAAAUUUCAAAUGCAAGCAUAUUAUUCUUCAGCCUAAUCCUGCUAUUAUU